AUGUGGUCCCCGACCGGCAGGCGCAGCAGGCUUUGCCCUUUCCCGCAGCACUCCAGGGAGGGGAUCGCUUUCUCCUACUGCGGACUGCACCCGCGACCUAGUCCCCGAGCCUGGGGCUGGAUCAGUCGCGUGAUCCGGACAGCUGGCCCAGUCCUGGCGCAGUCCGGAGCAAGCCCUGCAUUUUCUAAACUUUGGUGCUUACUUUGUAUCCUUUUUAAGCUCUCGUGUCAUUACUGUCAAAACUCCUUUGUGUUUUAUCUUAAAUGCAGAAGCUGUGUGGUAGCAUUUUUGUCCUUCAAUUUCUCUUGCUUACGUGGCUUCUGUGAUGUUGCUUUCAGAUCGGUCCCCGGUAGGCAGCCCUCCGAAGUCUACGCUAAGUGGCGGAAACACUCCCAGCUUCUCAAAGACAGUGACUUUAGUUUUCAGGAGCCCAUCAUGGCUCUCCGCACAGUCAUUUUGGAGAUCUUGAUGGAAAAGGAAAUGGAAAACUCCCAGAGAGAAUGUUUUAAGGAUAUUCUCACCACGCACCUUGUAGAACUCUCCAUACUGGCCCGAACUUUUAAGAACACUCAGCUCCCCGAACGGGCAAUAUUUCACAUUAAACAGUACAACCCACCUGGUCGUGGAGUCUCCGAGUGGCAGCUGGAGGAGGCCCAAGUAUUUUGGGCAAGAAACGAGCAGAGUCUCGCCCUGAGUGUCCUCAAGCAGAUGAUCAAGAAGCUGGACUCCAGUGGUGCAGAGAAUGAUCCCAGCCUAAGACUUCUGUACACAGAAUGUCUGAGGGUUUGCGGCACCUGGUUGGCGGAAACUUGCUUAGAAAACCCUGCGGUCAUCAUGAAGACCUACCUGGAAAAGGCAGUGGAAGUUGCUGGAAAUUAUGACGGAGAAAGCAGUGAUGAGCUUAGAAAUGGAAAAAUGAAGGCAUUUCUCUCAUUAGCACGGUUCUCGGAUACGCAGUACCAGAGAAUUGAAAACUACAUGAAAUCAUCAGAAUUUGAAAACAAGCAGGCUCUCCUGAAAAGGGCCAAAGAGGAAGUGGGCCUUCUUAGGGAGCAUAAAAUUCAGACCACCAGAUACACGAUAAAGGUGCAGCGAGAGCUGGAGCUGGAUGAGUGUGCGCUCCGUGCCCUGAAAGAGGAUCGUAAGCGGUUCUUAUGUAAAGCAGUUGAAAAUUACAUCAGUUGCUUAUUGAGUGGAGAAGCGCAUGAUAUGUGGAUAUUCCGUCUUUGUUCUCUCUGGCUUGAAAAUUCUGGAGUUUCUGAAGUCAAUGGCAUGAUGAAGAGCAAAGGAAUGAACAUUCCAUCAUACAAAUUCCUGCCUCUUAUGUACCAGCUGGCUGCUAGAAUGGGGACCAAAAUGAUGGGGGGCCUAGGAUUCCACGAAGUCCUCAAUAACCUUAUCUCUACAAUUGCUAUGGAUCACCCCCAUCAUACCUUGUUUAUUAUAUUGGCUUUAGCAAAUGCAAACAAAGAUGAAUUUUUGACCAAACCAGAGGCGGCAAGAAGGAGUAGAAUAAGUAAAAAUGCACCUAAACAAAGCUCUCAGCUUGAUGAGGAUCGAACCGAGGCUGCAAACAGAAUAAUAUGUACUAUCAGAAGUAGGAGACCUCAUAUGGUCAGAAGUGUAGAGGCACUUUGUGAUGCUUACAUCAUAUUAGCAAACUUAGAUGCCACUCAGUGGAGGACGCAGAGAAAAGGCAUAAAUAUCCCAGCAGACCAGCCAAUUACUAAACUGAAGAAUUUAGAAGAUGUUGUUGUCCCAACUAUGGAAAUUAAGGUGGAUCCUACUGGAGAAUAUGGAAAUCUGGUGACUAUACAGUCAUUUAAAGCAGAAUUUCAUUUAGCAGGAGGUUUAAAUUUACCUAAAAUAAUCGAUUGUUUGGGCUCUGAUGGAAAGGAAAGGAGACAGCUUGUCAAGGGCCGUGAUGACCUGAGACAAGACGCCGUCAUGCAGCAGGUGUUCCAGAUGUGUAACACGUUGCUGCAGAGAAACACCGAGACCAGGAAGAGGAAAUUGACUAUCUGUACAUACAAGGUGGUUCCGCUUUCUCAGCGAAGUGGAGUUCUCGAAUGGUGCACGGGAACCGUCCCUAUCGGUGAAUUUCUUGUUAACAACGAGAAUGGCGCUCAUAAGCGAUACAGGCCGAAGGAUUUCAGCGCCCUUCAGUGCCAAAAGAAAAUGAUGGAUGUACAAAAGAAGUCUUUCGAAGAGAAAUAUAAAACCUUCACGGAUAUCUGCCAAAAUUUUCAACCGGUUUUCCGUUACUUCUGCAUGGAAAAAUUCUUGGACCCGGCUGUUUGGUUCGAGAAGCGACUGGCUUACACGCGCAGCGUGGCUACUUCUUCUAUCGUCGGUUACAUACUUGGACUUGGUGAUAGACACGUACAGAACAUCUUGAUAAAUGAGCAGUCCGCAGAGCUUGUACACAUAGAUUUAGGAGUCGCUUUUGAACAGGGUAAAAUCCUGCCUACUCCUGAGACGGUUCCUUUCAGACUCACCAGAGAUAUUGUGGAUGGGAUGGGCAUUACUGGUGUUGAAGGGGUCUUCAGAAGAUGCUGUGAGAAAACCAUGGAGGUUAUGAGAAGCUCUCAGGAAACCCUGUUGACCAUCGUGGAGGUCCUCCUGUACGAUCCCCUCUUUGACUGGACCAUGAAUCCUUUGAAAGCUCUGUAUUUACAGCAGAGGCCGGAGGACGACGCGGAGCUCCAGUCCACUCCCAGUGCGGACGACCAGGAGUGCAGACGCGGUCUCGGUGACAUCGACCAGAGUUUGAACAAAGUGGCCGAACGCGUCCUGAUGCGGCUCCAAGAGAAACUGAAAGGGGUGGAGGAGGGAACCGUGCUCAGCGUCGGGGGGCAGGUGAAUCUGCUCAUACAGCAGGCCAUGGACCCCAAGAACCUCAGCCGGCUCUUCCCGGGAUGGAAAGCGUGGGUGUGAGGCGGCAUGUGCCUCGCCCUGCGGUUCAGCCCUUCGAAAUGACAUCGCGGCCUUCAUUUUUAACGCAGCCGGCGUACUCGGAAUAGGCGUUAAUGUACAACCGAAUGAACUGUGUACUGUGUCUUUAAAAAGUGUUUAGUACUUGCCUUGGUCACCAGAAGAUGCCUCGACCGUCUCCACGAAAAUCUCUUCUCUCACAUUUUAGAAGUGUCGUUCAUGCUGUACUUCUGGGCUGAGCGUGUAUUUCUUCUUCCCGAGUACAUACUUGUGUUGUUCGCAGUAUAACCACUGACUUCUGCUUCAGCUUAAGGGCAGGAACAUAACUGACAGUGAAUUAAAGGAGAUAAACUGCUAGGUUUGAGGUAGCUUUUAAUUAAAACUUGUUUCUCAGGUAUUAUAUAUGAAUAAGUUAUCUGGUAUUUAUAAAAGGAAAAAAACGUUUACAAUUGUAACCGUUUAUAUAUCAUAGUAAAGCUACAAUAAAAUUAAGCAAUGUUGAGGGGCACCUGGGUGGCUCAGUUGGUUAAGCGUUGACUUCCGCUCAGGCUGUGAUCUCACAGUUUGUGAGUUUGAGCUCAGUGUUGGGCUUUGUGCUGACAGCUCAGAGCAUAGAGUUGGCUUCAGAUUCUCUGUCUCCCUCUCUGCCCUUCGCCCAUUUGCGUGCACGCUCUCUCUCUCUCUCUCUCUCAAAAAUAAGUAAAUUGAAAAAAAUAUAAUCAACGUUAAAAGCAAAUUAGUACUUAAGAAACAUAUUUGGGUUUUCAGUGGGAGAUCACUCAGCGUUACUAGAUUGUGAAGUUGUUACAUUAUGGAGAACAGAUUUCAAAGACACGGUAUCGUUUCUAUUUUUAAAAAUGUAUACUGGCCCUUCUCAUUCUAUUCAUCUUUGAAACCCUUCUGUGCUCUUUUCUCUUUCUCUGAUGACUUGAAUCCCUUUUCUAGUUUAUGAAUUCUCUUGUUAGCUAUGCAUAAUCUUUUUAGACCAUUCAUCAGGUUUCUUUUUUCAAGAAUAAUUUUUCAUUCUUAGCUCUGAAUCAUUCAUCAGAUCUGUUACUUGUUUUGUAACGUCCACUUGUUUUUAACUUUUCUUUUUCUGUCACUAAGCAUUUCACACAUCCCCAUUUUAUAGUGUAAUAGCUCUACAUUAAUCACAUUCCUGCGCUUGUGUCUGUUGAAUCUCGUAUGUGGCGGACUGUUGAUUCGUGUGUCUUGUGAUUUUGUAAGGUGAGCUUCAGCUGGGUUUUCUCUGUGGGAAUCUUGAGUGACCAGGGUUAAGAACAGUUCCUUCCAGAUUAGGUUUCUGGAGAACUCAUCUUGAAAUGAUCAUUUUGCAUUUCAAAUUACCAACUUAAUCUUGACGUAUCUUUGUCUUAUACACUGCCUACAUGAAUAAUUUGGUAUAUAUAGGAAGUUUUAUUACUGUAGUGAAUCAAGGGAAUGUAGUAAACUUACAUCUUUAUGAAAGCCUUGGAAUCUUCAUGGAUGGAAUAAGAGAUUAUGAGCUAGAUGACAGUAUAGGUAAAUGAACUGUGGCUAAUUCUUGCUAGUUGAUGCAUACAAAGAGCUUUGAAUGACAUUAAUCUACGCUUCAGCCUCGAGGUGCCUUGAGGUAUGCUGUAAGUUUUCUGUCCUGUUGCACAUAUUAUUAUAAUGGCUUUGUCCAGUCUGCCAAAUUUGCAGAUAACAAAUGUAGGAGGAAGAGUUAAUUCACAGGUGGUAGAAUUAAGCUUCUCAAAGAUUCCGACAGGAACACUGCCUGGAAAUGAAUUUUUUGUUCAUUUGUUGCAUGCUGAGUACCGGAAAUAUAUGCAGCAUCUCUUGGAAGAUUAGUGAUUUUAUCCCAGUUUACAUCUGGAGAAAGUGAGGUUGAGAGAAAGUAAAAGUAACCUGUCCAAGACCGGAAUAUAGUACAGUGAAGGUACAAGUGUAAAUGGACAGUCUCUAACUUUAGAAGCUUUCAAGUAAGAAGAAUCUAGGCGUCACCAAUUGCUCAAUGAAAGCCAAUAGAAAGGCUAAUAGAUUGUAGACUGAACACUCGUGUCUAGAUUAAAGGAGAGAAAGCGCUGCCUCAUUCUGUGGUCAGUCCUGCUCUCCUUACAGUAUAUACUUAAAAUAUAUGCACUUAGAAAUUCGGUAUGAAGGAAAUAGGAAAAGCUGUGGAUUUCUUAGUUACAGUAGGCAAUUCUUUAAAAAAGUAGAAAGCUAGUAUACUGACUUGAAAUCUAGAAAUAUAUGCCACUUCAAGUAUUUUAAUUGCACUUUAAUGAAAUUAUAUAUUUUCCGUAGAUCGAUUUUAGUACCAUUGAAUGUAUUUCUUAAAGCCUGUUGCACUGUUCCCUGUUUUUGAAUAAACUUUUCUAAAAGAAAA